UGAUUUUCAGACAUUAAACUAUCUUAUUUCUCAGAAUACAAUGAACAAUCAAAGUGAAUUGUGAAACCAAUCGCAGGUCAAACAAACAUUCAGUCUCUGACAUAUCUUUAACCACCGAGGCCUAUAUGGAAGGACAUAUCGAAGAUCUGCGCAGGGUAAGUCCAGAUGUGUGUAGUGGACAAGAGGACGGAUGUGAAGGUCAAGUUGGAACAAAAACGGUCCCAGACGAUGUUUCUGAAAAGACCGCAACAGAAUCAAUUGCCGUUUCACACACCACUGAACAACCACCUCAAGUGUCUGCACACGCACUUGACAGCAACUAUUGUCACAUAAAAUCAGAAAGGAUCCUGGAAAAAACUAAUCUAGAGACAAGUGAUCAUCGAUUACAUGUUGGAGAUAUAGUGUGUGUAGAUGUUUCCGAUUCGACAUUGAAAAAGCUACAAUACGGUCACGGUGGCUAUAAUGAAGAAAUGUCUCGCUAUAUCGGUCGUUCCGGUAAACUACUACAUAUUGAACAAAAUGACGACUUAAUUAUAGAUUAUGGUGGUGUCAAUUUCCGAAUCAACCAAGAAGCUGCAAGAAAGGUGCCACAGCUUAAGUUCGGUGAUAAAGUAAAGAUACUGACGGAAGAACACAAAGCACAAAUACUGCAGGCGGCACAUGGGGGAUGGAGCAGUGAAUAUACAGAGACGCUUGGAAAAGUCGGGAAAGUAGUGAACAUAGAUUCCGAUGGAGAUGUUACUGUUGAAAUCGGAGACACGGCUUUUGUCUUUAACGCCGCCUGCUGUGAUCUUAUGAAAGUCCCAAGUGGGGAUACAAACGAUACCGCAAACAGCACUAGCAAUAAGACAAACAUUCACACUAGUAACACAACUGGAGGCAAUAGUGACUCUGAAAGCAAUGAAUGUAUAUCGUGCGGCGGUGAAAUUAAUGGUUCUGUGACCGAAGGUCAAACGGCGGAGGCAUUUGCAGAGAGUGUUCGUGGUAUGCAUAAUUUGUUGCAAGCUUUGAACGGCGUGGCAAGUUUGGCUCAAAAUACGCAGCAGCGGCAGAGCCUUUCCACUCCCUCUAUAGAGCUCAUGGGUCCAAAGCUUGUUGUCCAGGCAUCAGCUUGCAACGACAUUCCAAUGGUUCUAUUUGUCUUGCAGAAUAACCCGAUAGUGAUAAACGCUAAGCACCAGGGUUUAACCGCUCUGAUAGUUGCCAGCCACGAAGGUAAUAAAGCUGUUGUCGAAAUACUAAUAGCAGCUGGCGCAGACUUAAAUAUCACCGACGACAAUGGCAACACGGCAUUAAUGGCCGCUACACUAAGGAACCAUGAAGAUAUAGCAAUGAUUCUCAUUCGUGCCGGGUCCAACAUUCAUUUCCGGAACAAGAAAGGACAAGGCAUUUUACAUUUUGCCGCCAUAGGUCAAGCUAACGGCAUACUGAAAGAAGCACUGAUGAAAGGCGUCGAUCCUAAUACAAAGGAACGAGAUCGCAGGGAUACACCACUACAUACGGCAAUCAUGACAAACAAUAUCGCUGGAGCCUUAUGCCUUAUUCAGCAUUUGCAUGUCGACAUUGAGGUCAGCGACGCCAUUGGACAUAAUGCCCUUACACUGGCAGCGAUGAAGGAAUGUGUGACACUCGUGGAAGCCUUAGUCGACCGAUUGCCUAGUUUAGCGAAUUAUCAAAAAUCUGAAGAUGGAUAUACGGCAUUGCACGUUGCGGCUAUCAAUGACGCCGUGGGGGUAAUUGCGGCUCUAAUAAAGAGAAACGCUAACGCGAACAUUCCCGGCAAUGAUCAUACUAUUCCUUUACAUCUUUCGUGCAAUGAAGGGUAUAUAAAAAGUUCAAAGUUGCUGAUAAAAGCAGGAGCUAAUGCAAAUGCUCAGGACAAUUCUGGUAACACUCCUCUCCACCAUUGUGUAAGCCAAUGGAGAAAAAGGGACAUUGCUAUGAGCAGUAUAGAGUGUGGAGGAAUGGAUAAACGGACAAAAGAGAUUUGGGAAAGAACCGAACUAGGAUGCCUUCUUAUAAGAAACGGCGCAAGUGUUAAUGUGGCUAAUAGAGCUGGCAACCUUCCACUGCAGCUUUGUUUAGAUGUACAUAUGAGGGACAUCCUUCAAACAUGUUCAGAAAUAAGGGUUUUACGAGAGACGAAAGUGGGUCAAAACAUUUAUAAUAUAGUGCGGAAGCAGUUGCCGGAAAAUCUGUUUCUUCAAGUUUUAUGUAAAACGCCCAUAUUGUGUUUCAAGUGCUUGAAUGAAAUGGCGGACACGGCAUUAGCCCCGUGUGGCCAUCUUACAACAUGUAGGAGUUGCUCUAUGCGUCUACACGUGUGUCCAGUGUGCUCUGUCCGAAUCAAGGAGCGUACCCUUAAAUGAUUCGGCGCGUCGUGUGGCAGCAACUUUUUUUUCCAUGUAAACAAGUGAAUGAUAAAAAACAAUGUUAUUGAAAAUGUACAUAAAACUUAUAUACAAAAAUGAAAACGUCAUCAAAUGUGCAACUUUUUUUUAACUACCCAGCGUUUAAAUAUUACGUCAUUUUGUUUCUUUACUUAAUACAUUUUGGAUGUUUUAAAUAUGUAUAGAAUUUUUGUUAAUGGAGCUAUGCGCAAUUCAACAUUGCUUCGUGUUCAUAUAAAUUUUAUAUUUAUAAAAUGCUUUUUUGUAUAACAUAAUUAUUUAAAUGCGAACCUAAUGACAUAAAAGACAAAUAGAUGAAUAGAUGAAUGCUUGGACA